GCACUGUCAAAUCUCCUUCGGCCCACCGAGCUUCUUACCAUUCUAAACAGGAACAGAGGGAAAGAAGCAGAAACCAGCGAGAGAGAGAGAGAGCUAUACCUCUACUCCAUUGCAACGCCAGAAAGGAGGAAACUUGCUGAACAGAAGAGCGAGAAAUGGCUGUUCUUGAAAAAGAAUUCAUUUAAGAGAGAUGAAUGGCUGUGUUCCAGAUUGGAAAAUGGAGGAUGAUUCUAGACCGUUCUAUGGUCUUCCUGUUACAAAUGAAAAGAAGUGCAGUGGAUCAGAAAGUGAACUAACAGAGCUUUUGAGGAGAAAUCGGCAUGGGGUCUUGCAUGGCCAAACAAAUCAUAGAGCCUUGCCGGCCAUCUUAGAAUCUAAACAAACUCAAAAGCCUGAAUCCUUACUGAAAUGUGGGGAUUCAGUUGUGAAUUCAAGUAGUUUUAUUGAUGAAGAGGAGGCUACAUCAUGGUUCCAAUAUUCUUUAGAUAAUUCAAUGGAUAAAGAGUUGUCAGAAUUUUUCUAUGGAAUGCCAACUGCAGAAAUCAUUUCUACUGAUAAGGCAAUGAAAGAAGAUAGUAAUGUUUGUACUAAGAAAUCCUGUUUUCAUCCUCAUGAUAAUGUGAUGCUUUCUCCAAAAUCUAGUUUAGGUGAUAGCGCCACUGUUGUAAAAUUCUCAAACCAUAGAAAGCCGAGGAAGGCUGAUUUGGUAUCAGAAAAUAGGAAAUUUUGUGAAGAAGCAUCAAGUAGUGAAGCUGUGGUUGGCAUGGCAGAUUCAUCCUCAUUGAGGAAAAUACUAUCAAGUGUUUGUGGAAGCAACCAAGCUCAAAACGAAGCUGAGGUUACUCAUGCUUUGAGCAGUGUGAAAGGAGCAAAGGACUCUCUAUCAAGAUCUACACUCGAUCAUUUGGAAGUAAACAGAUAUGAACCUGCAAUUACUUCAUCAUCAGGCGGCUCUAGGCGAAGCUCGACAAAGCAUGGACUUAAGAGGAAGGGAAGAAAUGCUGAGGAAUCUGAAGGCCAGAGUGAGGAAGCUGAGUAUGAAUCAGCAGAGGCAAACAAGACAGCUCAGAGAACUGCAUCUGGCCGUAGAAGUCGUUCAGCUGAAAUCCACAAUCUCUCAGAGAGGAGAAGAAGGGACAAGAUCAAUGAAAAGAUGAGGGCAUUGCAAGAGCUCAUCCCUCAUUGCAACAAGUCGGACAAAGCAUCAAUGCUUGAUGAAGCGAUCGAGUAUUUGAAAUCACUCCAAUUACAACUUCAGAUAAUGUGGAUGGGAAAUGGUGUGGCGCCAAUGUUAUUUCCUAGUAUUCAGCAGUACGUGUCGUGCAUGGGCAAUGCAAUGAAUCAUCAUUCAAUGACAUCAAUACCAAAUCCAGUUCAACCACCAAAAGUAUCAUCUGAUAUUCAGUCUACUACACUUGGAACUUCUAUAUCAAACCAACCACAUGUUUGCCCUCUUCAAGGCCCAAAUUCAAUUAAUUUUGCUACCCAUAUGCAUAACUUUCAUAUCCCUGAACAAUAUUCAAGCUACUUUGGCUUUCCUCAGAUGCAAAUGCCUCCUCAGGUGAUGAACAUUUGCACUUAUGGACCACAAAUGAUGCAGCAAAAUCAGAUGGUUGCUGCAGUUGAUAAACAACAACAUACCAACAAUAAGAGCUCUAUCUAAACAUAUUCAAACUGGCUAGUUAGAAUAGGGAAACUAUUUAUUGUUUGAUGUUCCAGCAUUAAUUAGGAUUUGAACCCUGGGCUCUUAUAUGUAUAUUAGUGGCUAUGCAGACUGAAGGAUUGGUUACAGGCACUGGUUUACUUGAUUUGUAUUACUAUAGAAAGAGCAUGUUAAAUUAUUAACAGAUUCCUGAUGUUUUGGUCUUACAAAAUAAAGAGCAUAUGCACCUUUGUUUUUGUCAUGAA